AUAAUUUGUUCGAUUCGCGUCUCUGGAACGCAGCUUAUCUUUUUUUUAUUAUAACAAUUUGAUUUAAACUUAUUGUUUGUUUGAUUCGCCGCACUUCAUAAUCACAUCAAUUCAAAAUCAUCACACUAACAUAGCUGCUGCUUGUAUGCUUACUUUUGUGACCGUGUGUAAACAUUCAACCGCAAUUAACUCACCAAUAUAUGAACAUAUUCUACACUUAAUAUCGAUACUUAAAAGCAUGUGUUUUGCGAAUAACUCUAUCGCAAAAAUUGUAAAGAGAUCGAAUAUAAAUAUUGGCAAUUCUUAUUGUUAUUAGACAAGUAUGGCAUGACAUCGGUCAGUCGUAAAAGUGAACACGUUCUGGUAUUACGACAGUGUUUGAACAAUAAACAAACGUUUUGUUAUUUACAUACAUAUAUACUUGUACAUACCAGACAAAUACAUAUAUACUUGUUGUUUUGAUUUAAAUUGUUAUUAUAUAUACUAAAUUGAAAAUUGAACACCUAAAUAUGUAUAUAAAUAUGUCUAAUAAAGUCAAUAUUUAUAUUGUUGUGUUUAUCUUGCGCUCAAUUGUGGGUGGACAAAGUAGCGCCGCCGACUGUAACAACUCCAGAGGUGAAUGUAAGGAGUUUCAAUAUUGCCCUUCUAUAUACAAACAAUCUACGAUCGACAUAAACUCCAUUCUUUUUUGUGAUAAAUUGAGGGGUAUCGUCUGCUGUCCACGAACGGAGUUUGGCUUUGAAUCACAAAGUGAGGGCACCGAGACAGAUACAUACGCUGAAAAGGCAUGUUCCGAGUACGCAAAAUUUGCGCCCAGUUCUUGUUCAGAAGCACUGAUCUACGGGGGUGUAAAAGCCAAGCCAAAGGAAUUCCCCUCGAUUGCACUGCUUGGAUCAAAGGAUAAUAAUACCGGACAGACAGAUUGGUACUGUGGUGGCACUUUGAUAAGCAGAAGAUUUGUCGUUACGGCAGCGCAUUGUUUCCGAAUUGCCAGUAGCAUAAAUAUCGUACGCUUAGGCGAAUUGGAUUACAGUACUACGAAAGAUGCUACACAAACACAAGAUUUCAAUGUACACAAUGCAGUUUUACACCCAAGCUACAAUUUGGAUCGUUACAAUGAUAUUGCACUGAUCGAACUGGAUCGUAAUGUAAUACUUAAUGAGUAUGUCAUUCCGGCCUGUUUGCCAUCAAAAAAUGCUGAGUAUAAAAGCUUCACAGCUGUUGGUUGGGGUAAAACCGAAAAGGGGAUCUCAUCACCACAUCUGCUCAAGGUGGAAUUGGAUUUGUUUACCGGUGACCAAUGUACUACAUCUGUACCGGUAGAAGAAAAUCUUGAAAUGGGUCUUAAAGAACGCACUCAAAUUUGUGCUGGCAGUCGACAGCAUGGCUUUGACACAUGUAACGGCGACUCUGGUGGGCCGCUUUAUGUACCGCAUACAACUUAUCCUUGCAUGUUGCAAGUUGCCGCCAUUACUUCUUUUGGUUAUGUGCAAUGUGGCACUGCUGGCAUCCCUAGUAUCAAUACAAAAGUAAACUUGUAUUUAGACUGGAUUGAGAAUGUGGUAUGGAAUGUGAGCCCCUUGUAAAAAUAAAAUUAUAAACUAGAAUUUUGAAAAAGAUUAAA